GUGGGCUGAUGGCCUGGCUGAUGAAUAUUCACGACACCGGUCGGCUCUCCUCGGGCCUCACCCUGCGUGCCUCAGCUGUCUGGCUCAUCGGGACAGAAUGUGGGAUGUGGUGAUGUAACGUCAGCCGUUUCUUUAAACCGGAAGGCAGAAGAGCACGUCGCGCAGUCAUUUGGGUCUGGUUACACUCGGAACAACUCGACAAACAGGUUGAGGAACCGCCUUCAGAGCACGAAACCACCUGUAUAUAAGACGCGCCCGUUUCCACAGAAGCAGAAGAAGACGAACAUUAUAAAAGGGUAAACUGAAGAGCCGAGCCCAGCUUCCAACUGCUUUACAGGAAACCAAUCCCCGCUGCGGCAUUACGCUUCCCUAAGCCGAUCAGAUUAAAAGCAGGGCACUCACAGAGGACAAGAAACUCGGCUCUUUGCUUCAAUAUUUUUCUUCCUGAACGGAUAAAACUCUCGCCAAGAUGAUGAUGCAGCUGCCAGAAAGCUCCAAUCAGAAAAACAACCUCUUCAACGCCAUGAACCGCUUCAUCGGCGCCGUGAACAACAUGGACCAGACGGUCAUGGUGCCCAGCCUGCUGCGGGACGUCCCCGUCGACGAGGACAGCGAGAUGAGCUCCCUGAAGUCGGACGUGGACGAUGGGGCGAACCAUGUACGCGCUUACUACCAGCUGCUCAAGUCCCAUCCGCCGGGCAACCAUCGGUGGGGGGUCCGGGUGCGCCCGCGGCCGACGAGAGGCGGCAAGGAGAAGCAUGAUGAAUCACCCGACCACCACUCCUCCGGCGUCCACGUCGUCUUCCUCUCCUCUCCGGUCAUCCGAGGACGACGAAGGCAAGAGGACCGAGGAUCUGGAGAAGCCCAGUUCCAGUACCACCUGACCGGGCUGCAAGGGGUGCUGUCCAAGCCUUCAAGGCAGCAAGGCCCAAACGCCUCACCAAACCGCUACAAGAAGGAGGUUGGAAUCGGAGGAUGGGGCCAGUAGACCCACAGACACUCAGACUGUGUUUUUUAUGACUUGACGGGCUGAACUGACUUCUCUCACGGGCCUUACUGCUGCCGAUGCUGCUACUGAUGAAAUGUUUGGAUGGUAGAGAAGAAGGCAGCUGCUCGUGUCCUGAGGCCUGCAUGGUGUUGGUCUACUCUGUGCUACUGACUGUAGAUGUGCUGAUCGUGAGGAAAGCCUUUGCCUACUUCUCACUUGACUCCUUCCUCCUUUGCACUCCACGGUGUUGUACACAAAUACAAACAUUCUGCUCACGUGAUGCACAAAUGAAACGUAUUUAAACCUUAAUUUAAUGUAUAUUUAUUACCUCACACUGUACAUUUGAGAGCCAAAUAUUAUUUCAAAGUUGGAGAAGAAGUGGAUGGUGUGAUCUACAGGAUCUGAACUGCCCCUCUGAAGGGGAUACUGGCAAAAGAUUGAGCUUCCUGGCUGUGACGCUGAUGAUGUUGGUGUGUUCAGAUUUGCUGUCCUGUGUCUGAUCGUUGCCUCUUUCAAUCUGAUGUGUUUUUAUAAAUCGGGCUUUUCCUAGAAGGAGGCAGAUGCUCGCUGUAGCUGCCCGUGAUCUCCUGAUGUCCUACAUGGUCAAUGAACUGGAAUCAACUGAUAAUUCUUGUGCAUAUAGAAUAAUGAGGGUUUCCACGAGACGCAUUGUUUGCUGUUGUCCUAUUUGCUGUUGUGUCCAUCUGUCAAGAGGAGCGAAUGUUUCCCUCGCACCUUUUACACGGUUUUUGUACUGAUAUUUGUUUCUAAAAUAAACUUUUAUAUAAACUUA